AUGUUACUUAAUUUUUGUGAUAAUUAAUUUGUAGUGAUUAAAUUAAUUAGCUUGUAAUUAUCAAAUUAUUUAUAAAAUGAUUAUUUUGUUAAAAGCAAGCAGUAGAGUCUUGGUUCGUAUCGAUCGAUAGUGGCGGGGAUACGGCGCGCGCCGUUGUCCCCACUGUGUGCUGCUUUCCCCACUCCGGUAGACGAGAGCAGUACCGUUAGAAAAUCAAAAGUAGGCAGUUGCUUGGUACCUGGGUUGGCGAUUAGACGACAGCUGAACUCUGCUCCUCCGAAGACAUGUCCCGACGAUUUUUGGGAGAACCGCCGAGAGGAGCUCCACCCAUAGGACAUUUAUAUGCUAUGAGGAGCGAAGUUGAACGGGUGCGGCGGGAAAGAAAUCUCCGGACACAGAGUAUACGGGAGAUGGUGAGCCAGUUUAACAAAUCGCCACUUCCCUUGCCAUUAGUUUCAAUCCCUCCGACCGACGUUCUCCCGAAAAUCAUAAUAUUAUCCAACAUCCAAGUCCGACCCCCGAACCUACCCACUGCCCAACCUCCAACACAGGCCACGGACUCGUCAACACCCUCUUCGCCCGUCCCUUCCACUUCCAAACAAUCACAGAUCAACUUAGCUGACCAAAUAGAGGCCACGCCCGGAACCUGGAACCUUGAACUCAGAGAGGCGAUCCGCGCACUCCGACCGCCCACUGCUUCUCCCGUUCGACGCUAUCGAAUGUGGCUGACAACCAGCAAAGGGCGCCGCAUUCGAGUGACCAUCCCAGCGGACUAUGAGAAAUCACCUCCUCAAUAGUCGUAUUAAAAAAAAAAAA